AUGGAUCCCACCAGUUCCGAGGAGCGUCUGCUCCCGGCCCGCAGCAAGGAAAGCCACGGUCCUGUUUGGCUGUUCAAGCGCAAAGCUCAGUUAGAAGCUCGGCUGGACCAAGUUCUGUCCUUUCUCAGUCGGUCGGGCUCCGUUUUUGAUACAGCCGAUCUCCGCCCGCGCCUGUCCGAAAAGAUGAUGCAUAACUGCUUUAUAGCCAUCAGAACUGAGACCACCAGAGAAAUAAUUGGUAUAGAACCAAUGUUAAAUUACAUUCAAAAAAGGGCAAAUAAAGUGGUUUGUUCACCUGGAGAAGAUGUUGCCGGACUCCAUACCAUACAAACGGCAGAUUGCCUGCUUCCCAUACCCCCAGAAAAGCCGCCCGUCAGCUACACGCACAUCUGCGAGAUAGCGCACUUCAGCAUGGGCGUCUUCGUGCUCCACGCCGGCGCCUGCAUCCCUCUGCAUGACCACCCGGGCAUACAGGGGCUGCUGAAGGUCCUCUACGGCACCCUCCGCAUUGCCUGCUUCGACAACAGCCCAAGGAGCCCCAGGACACCCCCGACGCCACUGCUUCCACCGACGCCUCCGAGGCCGCCUCCUGCCCCGGCCCCUGCCCCUCGCCGCUUGCGCACCUUCUCUGCGCCACCCUGCCUGCUCUCCCUGCAGCGGGACAACCUGCACCAGAUCGCGGCCAAGGGUGCUGGGCCCGCCGUCUUCCUCGACAUCCUGGCGCCGCCCUACGACCCGGCCCGCGGACGCGACUGCCACUACUACCGGCUGGCCAACGGGCAGAGCCUCCCGCCCGCAACUGGCCCUCCAUGCGCUCUCUGGCUGCUGGAGACCCCGCAGGUGCCCGACUUCUGGUGUGGUGGGGAGCCUUACCUGGCCCCCCGAGUCUACCCCUGA